AUGGAGAGCAAUGAGGAGGAAUUCGUCCGGCCCCAAUAUUGCCGGGGUUACUUUGCCGAUACGGAUGCCACUCAUGGACAGGAGUAUCCUUUUUUUAAUGGAACGACUUAUCUUGACUACGCCAACAGAGCAAGUCCUCAAUUCUAUGUUGAGAGUUUGAUGGUAUUUCCUAUCAAUGGUUGUGCUGCCUUCAAGAUUCCGGAAGGCAAGCGGUGGGAGGUCAAAAGAGAAGGGCUGGCUUGGGACCGAGAAUGGUACCUCGUUCAUCAAAGGACCGGUUCUCUCUUCAAGCAGCAUGAAUAUCCUCAGAUGGCUCUAAUACAUCCCUCGGUUGAUAUCGACAGCGGAGAACUUCGCAUCACCUACAACCCAAAGGCUCCAAAUGGUCAAUUAAGCCUCAAAAUUCCUCUGGCGUGGGACGGUAUGAGUACCAAUGCCAUGUCCUCUCCAGUACGUUCGAGUUGUCGACCCAGUGCCUACGAUAGUAACUUGUGCCUUCGAUCUUACGGCUCGCCAGUGGUCUCAGCAUUCUUUACACGCAUUUUAGGUGUAUCUUGUACUCUGGCGCGACUUUCUUCACUGGAUGCAAGUCUCGACAUAAAGACACCAAAUCUUGCAAGUAUCUGGAAGAAUCGAUUCCGGAAGUUAAAUAGAUUGGAGCCAUUCUCGCGCGGGGCCGGAAUGCCGAGCGAAAUUGGCCAACAAUACGUGCUCGUAUCCAACGAAAUGUCUGUUUUGAUCGUCUCCAGAUCGUCAAUCAACCGUCUCAACGAAAUAAGCGUUGCAAUUACCAAGCGUAACUCUGGCACUAGCAAGGUAAUUCCUUCAGAAUGCUUUAACGGCAAUAUCAUCGUUGCAGAGCGGAUCUCUCAGCCAGCACGCGCCGAACGCCCCUACGCCGAAGAUCACUGGUCAUCCGUUCGCAUUGGUCAUGACCAGCUUCGCUUCGAUACUGUUGACCCUUGCGAGCGCUGUCAGAUGCUGUGCGUUGACCAGUCUUCCACUGCGCUGCUCAAGUUGCGAAGGGCCGAUAGUAGGAUUUGUUUUGGCAGAUAUGCGGUAGUUUCCACAAAGGAAGGCGAGAGCAGUGGGAGAAACGCCCCGGGUAGCAGGUCAAUAACGGUGGGGGAUGUGGUAUUGCCAACAGAACAGGACAACUGA